AUGACAGCGUUGUUGAGUCAUAAUACUCAAAAACAAUAUAACACGACUUAUAUUAAGUGGUGGAAAUUCUGCAUGGGUGAGAAAGAUAUAUUCCACCCAGAAACUAAAAAUAUCUUAGAAUUUCUGAAGAGCCAACUGGAAAAGGGAGCAAACUAUUCUUCCAUAAAUACCAGCAGAUCGGCUCUGAAUCUAAUUUCGGAAGCUGGAAAAUGGAAAAACCGGAACUAUGUCUGGCCUCUUCCAUCUUAUAGGUACUAUAUCGAGAAAACAAAAAAUCUUCGAAAAGAAACUAAUGAGCAUUUAAUUUUGACAGUUAAGAAACCUCACCACCCUGCCACGUCACAAACUCUGAGCAGAUGGAUAAAAGAGGGUUUGCGACAAAAAGAGGUGGAUACUGCAAUUUUUAAAGGACACAGCACGAGACACGCUGCUUCAUCAGCGGCGAAUAGAUCGGGGAUGAAUAUAGAACACAUUCUGAUGGCAGCAAAUAGAAAAAGAACAUACCAAGGCGAAUUCCUUGAUUACGGUUUUACACAAAUAGAAGACAAUGGUACAAUGAAACCACAGUGUGUUGUAUGUAUGAAGGUACUGACUUCAGAAUCUUUCAAAAAAAGUCAAUUGAAGAAAUAUUUAGAUAAUUUGCAUUCACACCUGUCUUCCAAACCGCGAGAAUACUUUGAAAAUUUUGAAAUAUCUGUUAAAAGACAAAGAUUGUAUAGCAACUUGUUUGGUACAUUUUAUCAGCGUUCAGCAUCAAGGGCUAGCUUUGAAAUAACCUGGUUGAUUGCUCGAAAUAAGAAACCAUACACUAUUGGUGAAGAUUUGGUUAAACCAGCUGCUGUGAAAAUGGCAGAGAUUAUGUAUGGUCAAAAAGAAGCGAAGAAACUGAAUUCAGUGUCCUUGUCUGCGAGAAUUGUGAAAAAACGAAUUUCUAUAUUAGCAGAAAAUGUGAAGGAACAGGUUAUUUUCGCAUUAAAACAGGCUAAAUAUUUUGCUAUUCAGCUUGAUGAGACAACUGAUUUUAGUAGCAAUUCACAGCUAAUGGUAUAUGUUCGCUAUAAAGGUGCAGAUAAUUUUGAAGAGGAAUUGCUUUUUUAUUCUCCUCUCGAGUUGAGAUCUCGUGGAAUUGAUGUCUACAAUAAAGUAAAUGAAUACUUCAAUGCGCAAAGUUCAAAAUGGGAAAACUGUAUUUCUGUAUCUUUGGAUGGAGCUCCAGCUAUGCUGGGUCAUAUUAAUGGUUUUUCGGCUUUCGUAAAAAGAAAUAACCCAUAUAUUGAAGUUACUCACUGUAUAAUCCAUCUCCAGGCCCUUAUGGUCAAAUAUUUAGAACCUACACUGGAAGCCGUCAUGCAUGAUGUCAUCAAGAUUGUAAAUUUUAUCAAGGGACAUGCACUAAACACUCGGCUAUUUCGUGAAUUAUGUCAGGACGCGAGAGAAAUUCUGUCAACGUUUGGAUUGAAGCUGCAGUAUUGGAGACAGAAAGUAGAACAGAACAAGAUAGCUUCUUUUUCAAGGUCAUCUGCGUUUUUGGAAGUUUGCGAAAAUAUUACUUUUGCUGACAUCAAGGAUACAAUUGUAAGACAUCUUAUCAAACUCAGAAAGCGGUUUUCAGAUUACUUUUCAGAUCUUGAUACACGUACUGUCAGUUGGAUUGUAGAUCCUUUCAAAUGUGAAAUUGCUAUGAUACCAGAAGAACCUUCAGGUUUGGCAGAAGCAAUUGUUGAACUUCGAUCUAAUACUGAAGGACGUAUUCAAUUUGAGAGUAAAUCAAAUCUGCCGUCGUUUUGGAUGUCAAAAGCUGCAAAGGCUUUCAAAAUUGCACAUGAAGAGGCGGUUAGAAAAUUGUUGCCAUUCGGAACAACACAUUUGUGCGAACAAGGCUUUUCCACUCUAAUGAACAUAAAAACGAAGAACAGAAAUCGAUUAAACGCCGAAGACUGUAUUCAAAUCGCUCUUGCAUCAAAAAGUCCCAAUUUUGAAAGAAUUGUAUCGAACAUGAAACAACAUCAUUUCUCCAACUCCAAAACGUGA